GGACACAAAAAUCACGUGCUUAAUACGUCAUACCCAGAAGAAUGACAUGUUUGUUUAUCGUUGCUAACAUUCAGGUAUCUUAAUGCAAAGAGGACAAACGUUGGUGGGUCCAAGAUGGCAUCGUACUUUGAUGAACACAACUGUGAGCCCACCAACCCCGAGGAGCAGUAUCGCCAAAAUGCACUGCUUGAAUUGGCCAGGUCUUUGAUGCAGGGCUUGGACUUAUUUGACUCCGGAGCGUUCGACUUGUCGGACUGGGACCAGCGUCUUCCUCCUCCGGCGGCCAAAACUGCUGUUCAGACGCUCACUGUGGUCAUCAUCUCUCUAGAGCAAGCAGACAAAGGUCUGAAGUGUCCUGUGUGUUUGCUGGAGUUCGAGGAGGAGGAGUCCGUUCGGGAGAUGCCUUGUAAACACCUUUUCCACUCGGGAUGUAUACUGCCGUGGUUGGGAAAGACUAACUCCUGUCCGCUCUGCCGACUUGAAUUACCGACUGAUAAUCCAGAGUAUGAGGAGUUUAAAAAAGACAAGGAGAGGAGAAGGCAGAGGGAGCACCGGCUGGAGGACCUCCAUGGCUCCAUGUACACAUGACGAGACUCCGCUGUGGUGCAAGUCUGUGGCACAGUGACAUUUUACUGAAAGAAUUGAAUACAGAAUGUGAUUUCAAGCAUGAGUGGGGUAUAAACCCUUCUUUACCUUUUAUAUUUGUAGUCAGAUAUAUACAUUUAAUCUCAAGUAUCUCCCAUCAGCAAAACUGCACACUUUGAAGCCACCACACCUGGCACCGCUAUCUAAAUACAAGACAAUAUUACAAAUAUGUAUCAACAUCAUUUGAUGUUAACACAGGGCCAGCCAUUUGUGUGACCUUCCUGAAAUAAUUUGAAAGUUUGGAUAAAUGCUUCUUAGUUAGAAUGAUUAUAUUUUAAGAUGAGUAAGCUUUUGAGUCAUUUCUGUUCAGAUGCUUUAUGCCUUUUAAAUAUAAAUCUUUAAGCUUUAAACGCACAGCUGUUCAGCUGUAUUUGCCUGAUUAAUAGGAAUUAUUUAAAGACCCAAAUAUAUUUUAAUCAGUUACUCAGAGAUUUUAUUUCACAAUGCACUUCAGCAAUGCAGUAUAAACAGUGUACACUUACACACAUCAUAUGUGCUCUUUGAAGGCAGAUCACAGGUAGGAA